UACAUUUAUUGAUCCGAUUGUCAAUAAUUUUUAAUUUUUUGUAAAAAAAUGUCUAUGUCUUAUGACUCAAAUUCAUGGUUUGAAGAUGAUUAUGAACAGGUUAAAAUUAGCAGCGGACAAGAAAUAAAACCGGAAACAAAAAUCGGCGGUAAUUUUAAAACAUUAGAAAAAUUAGGAUCCGGUUCGUUUGGCCAAAUAUUUCUUGGUCAAAGCAUUAUUGAUGGUUCAAAAGUGGCAAUAAAAUUUGAACCAAGCAGAGAUCGAGGAGGUCAAUUGGCAAAUGAAAUGAGAAUAUAUAAGAUUAUAAAUGCAAAAGAUGACCAACUUAUUGGCUUUCCAAAAAUUUAUUGGUUUGGUCAAUGGUUUAAAUACAAUGUAUUAGUUAUUGAUCUUUUGGGAAAGAAUCUAGAAGAAGUAUUUCAAACAUGUGGACAGAAUUUCAAACUCAAAACAAUCUUAUAUUUGGUUUUACAAUUAUUAAAUCGAUUUGAAUUUAUUCAUAGCAAAAAUAUUGCAUACAGAGAUGUGAAACCCGAAAAUUUUCUUCUAGGUUAUCCUGGAUUACCCAAUCGUAAUAUUGUACAUGUUGUAGAUUUUGGUCUAUCGAAAGAAUUCAUCGAUCCCCAUACAGGUCAACAUAUUCCAUUUCGUGAAGGAAAAAAUUUAACUGGAACAGCUCGUUAUAUGAGCAUCAAUGCACAUUUCGGUAUUGAACAAUCAAGACGUGAUGAUCUAGAAUCUUUGGGUCAUUUGUUUAUGUAUUUUUUGCGUAAAGGUAAAUUACCAUGGUCAGGAUUGAAAGCAUCAACUUUGAAAGAACGAUAUCGUAAAAUUGGCCAAAUAAAACAGAUGACACCUCCCGAACAACUUAGCGAUGGUUAUCCACAAGAAUUUGCCGAUUUUUUGACAUAUACAAGAACUUUAGGAUUCGACCAACAGCCAGAUUAUGAUGUAUGGAAAAUGAAUUUCGGAAAUUUAUUUCAAAAUUACAAUGAUAGUUCAAAAUAUGAUUGGGAAUAAAAAAAGAAUGGUUUAACUAUGAAAAUUUAUGAUUUCAUCAAAUACA